ACACACACUUGUAAGCUAGUGCUAUGGUGGAACUUAAUAGACUUCAAGGGAGGAGGUGGUUGGUGCUACAGGUUUAUGAAGCGUCAUGGACUUAGUAUGUGAACCAAAACCAAAAUAUCUCAGAAAAUGCCACAAGUGUAUGAAGAGAAAAUAUUAUCUUUCUAUUACUUUAUUACUAACAUCAAAGAAAACCAGUGUGGAACUAACCCAAACAGCGAAUGUGGAUGAAACUCCACUGACAUUUGUUGUGCUGUUUAAAAGAACUGUUGCCAUGAAAGGUGCAAAAAUGUAACUAUAAAAACAAGUGGACAUGAAAAAAAUGCACUACACUGCUACUGUAAAAUGGGAUGAACAGAAACAGCAGGGUGAAUAGAAACAAAACUAUACAAUUACUGUGAAUACUAUAAUGUUGUACUGGACAUUAAUUUUAACCAUUAUUGUUUUUGGGUUGGCAACAUUUCAGACUAACAAGGAAAUUAUGUUUUGUAGGGUUGGCAGCAUUGUAGUUUGAUGUUUAUCCUUGUGUCUGUGUCAAUAGUUUUUAAGCUGUUUUCUUACCAAUUUUGAACUUCUGUGAGUUGCUGUUCAAAUAUGCCACAGAAAUACAAACCCACCAUAGGCGAUGGUUACAAAAAACACAGAUGUAAUCGUAUAAACAAUGCCCUCUCUGACAUCAAAUCGGGGGUUAGCUUCCAGAAAGCAGCUGAAAAACAUGGGAUACAUUUUAGUGUACUAUACAGACACCUAAAAAGAGCGCCAACAUUGAACCUCAGGGUGGACAAACUGCCUUGUCUUUUAAAGAAGAGAAGCUGUUUGUAGACAGAUGGAAAUAUGCAGUGAAUGGGGCUAUCCUAUUGACUUUACAACCUUAAGACUUCUAGUAAAGGAUUCUCUGGACAGGAGGGGGAAGAAAGUGAGAAGUUUUAUGAAUAAUUUCCCUGGUUGUGAUUUUGUGGACCGUUUAUGUGGCAACGCAAAGAUCAAUUAGCAGUGCGAAUGUGCCAAAACAUAAAACGCUCCAGAGCUGGUGUUACACCAGAAGCUAUUAACAGUAACUUUGAUGAGCUGUCCAAGGAAUUGGAGAAUAUGCCGCCAAAUAAUAUAAUAAAUUAUGAUGAGACAAACCUUACAGAUGAUCCAGGAAAAUGAAAGGUAGUCACAUGUAGGGGAACUAAAUAUCCUGAAAGGGUCAUGAACUCCUCAAAGGCAUCAAUCUCAGUAAUGUUUGCAGCUGCUUCAGUUGGUGCUAUACUACCCCCUUAUGACAAAAUGUUUGAUAUGCUCCGCUUCAAUUAUUGGGUCCUUACAGUUGCUGUCCCAUACCUGAAAAAGCUGGAAGGUAAGAAAUUUCUCAAUUUAUCUUUGCAUCUGUCCAUAGAAUCAGUUACGCUGUGUCACGACAAUGACAUAAGAUUUAUAUUCCUACCAGCAAAAUUCAACACACCUGACACAACCACUGGAUGUGGCAUUUUUUUGGCCUCUUAAAACUACUUAGCGCCAAUGGAAGAAGGGCCCAGGAAGAAAUGAGGCAACAGUUCCUAAGGAUAAAUUUCCUCUACUUUUGAAAAAGUUGUGAGACUCCCCGAAGGAAAAAAAAUGUUAUUGCAGGUUUUAGGAAAUGUGGGAUUGUGCCUCUAGACUGCAAUGAAGUAUUGUCAAAUGCUCCCAGGUACUGGUACCGAUAUACCAGUAAACAAAAACCAGGAUAAGAACAAUCUUGAAGAAUCCACUAAUAUUGUUGACAACAGUUUUAAAAAACCCUUCCAGAGUCUUAGACAAGACCAGACUCCUAAACAAAGGAGAAAAAGGGCAAAAGUUAAUGUCCAACCUGGCCGAAGUAUUAGUGUUGAUGACUUUGAGGACACGGAUGGGGAGGAUGUAACCCCCAGUUAUUCACUUUACCGUGAUCCAAGCCCUUGUACGUCAAAACAAGGCAAGACAAAAAAAAAAAAAAAAAAAAAACUGUUAUCUCCAUAA